CAUUAAGAGCUAGUAUAUUGCUUAACUAUUCAGAGGCAAAUGUCUGAUCAAUUCAGAUAAGAGGUCUUAACCAUUCAGACUCUGUAUAAUACUUAACCAUUCAGAGGCAAAUCUCUUAACCAUUCAGACAUCUGAACCAUUAAGAGGCUGAAACAAACAGUCUGAACCAUUAAGUGAAAUUAAAGAAGCAGAAUUUGAGAAUGGGUUCAAGGGUCUGUUUGGCUGUUUUGUUCGUGAAAUUUCUGUUGGGUUUCGCCUUUCUCUUCUCCACUGGCGGCGGCGUCGACGCCGUGCCUUUGAAGGUGUUUGACGUUCGGAAUUACGGUGCAAAAGCAGACGGAAAGACUGAUAAUGCCAAGGCAUUUUUGGGAACUUGGAAAGAUGCAUGUGAAUGGAAUGGGGAAGCAACCCUAAGUAUACCCGAAGGGGAAUACAUGGUUGGAUCUUUAACCUUUGUAGGACCGUGCCUAGGGUCGGUCAAAGUCAACGUCGAAGGGACAGUCAAGGCUCCGACGGACCCUAAGCUGUUCUUCGGGGACACUUGGAUCGAUUUCCGUUACGUUAACGGCUUGGUGCUGGAAGGCGGAGGGACUUUUGACGGACAGGGUGCCUCCGCUUGGCGUUAUAAUGACUGUAGCAAGAACCCUAAUUGCCCUAAACUCCCAGCUUCAGUUGGGUUCGCUUUUGUGAACAAGACCACAGUCCAAAACAUCAACUCAAUCAACAGCAAAAACUUGCAUUUCAACGUCUUUGCAUGCAACUACAUGGUCUUCAACAAUGUGACCGUGACGGCGCCGGGCGACAGCCCGAACACCGACGGCAUCCACAUCGGGAAGUCCACGAACGUCCGAAUCUCCAGCUCGGUCAUCGCAACCGGGGACGAUUGCAUCUCGAUGGUGUCGGGGAGCGAGAACAUCAGCGUGAGCGACGUGACGUGCGGGCCCGGCCACGGCAUCAGCAUCGGGAGCAUGGGGAAGUCGGAGGACGAGUUUGUGAGGGGGGUGCACAUAAAGAGUUGCAGGUUUUUGGGCACCCAAAAUGGAGUGAGGAUCAAGACCUGGGCACCCUCUUACCCAAGCAAAGUGGACAAUGUUGUUUUUGAAGAUGUUGUUAUGACAAAUGUCAAUAAUCCCAUUUUCAUUGACCAGCAGUAUUGCCCUUCUCCUCCUUGUAGCACUCAGGCCAGCUCGGUUCAGAUAAGGAACGUGACGUUCCAAAAAAUAAGGGGAAGUUCGAGUUCAAGGGAAGCGGUGAUACUGAAUUGCAGCAAAAAAUACCCAUGCCAAGAAGUCAAGCUUAUAGACAUCAAUUUGGUGUACAAUGGUCGCAACGGCCCUGCCACUUCCUCGUGCUCCAACGUUCGUGGAAACGCCCUCGGCCAACAGCUCCCACCCGUUGGCUGUCUCCUCUAAAACUCAACCUUAGUUUCAUAAGUAGUAGUAUUAGUAGGGAGUAUAGUGGAGAAUGAUGCAUGGCAAAUUCUAACUUUUAUAAGUUGUUUGGUGUGAUAUCUCAUCAACCAGGCUUGUGAAGGAUCCAUGUUUUUUUCUUUCUUUUUUCCAUUUUUCUAAACAGUGAAAGUAAUGUAUGGA